AUGGAUAUUUUGUAUGAUGAUAAAGAGAGUGAUUGUGGAGAGUUUGAACAAUUCGAAAAAAUAAAUGAUGAUUUAGAACAAUAUGAAAUUAAUGUUGAAGUGAUGGAAGAUGACAGUGAUAUAGAUAAUGACAGUUUUUUCGUCGAUGAACACACAAUGAUAAAAUCUAUCACUGAAUCUGAAUCUGAAUCAGAAGAUGAACUUAUUUUUGAGCAUAUCUUAAUUAUAUCCUAUAUAGUCCUGAACAAAUUGAACAAAUAA